GUCACGUGGUUUGCGGGAUAAAUGAUCAGGGACCAUCUCACUGUAGCACACUUUGUUUUCCAGUGUCCCGGAGUCAGGACGCAAAGAUUCAAGAUCACACAGACACACAAACUACAGACAAAAUGUGGCGUGCAGCCCUUCUGUUAUUGGCUGCGGGCGUGUCUCUGAGCCUGGCCAGACCCCACCUCCAGCCACUGUCCAGUGAAAUGGUCAACUACAUCAAUAAGUUGAACACUACAUGGAAGGCUGGUCACAACUUCCAUAAUGUCGACUACAGUUAUGUGCGGAGACUCUGUGGAACGAUGCUGAAGGGACCUAAACUCCCAAUCAUGGUUCAAUAUGCUGGAGGCCUGAAGCUGCCUGCAGAGUUUGAUGCCAGAGAGCAGUGGCCUGAGUGUCCCACACUGAAGGAGAUUAGAGACCAGGGCUCCUGUGGAUCCUGCUGGGCAUUUGGUGCUGCAGAGGCCAUCUCCGACCGUGUGUGCAUCCACAGCGGUGGCAAGAUCAGUGUGGAGAUCUCCUCUGAGGAUCUGCUGACCUGUUGUGACUCCUGUGGCAUGGGAUGUAAUGGUGGUUACCCCUCGUCUGCCUGGGACUUCUGGACUAAAGAGGGACUGGUCUCUGGAGGUCUCUACAACUCCCACAUUGGUUGCCGGCCCUACACCAUCUCCCCCUGUGAGCACCAUGUGAAUGGCAGCAGGCCUCCCUGCACUGGAGAGGGUGGAGACACACCUGAGUGCAUCUCCCGCUGUGAAGCAGGAUACUCUCCCAGCUACAAACAGGACAAGCAUUAUGGUAAAUCGUCCUACAGCGUGGAGGGGAGUGUGGAGCAGAUUCAGGCUGAGAUUUCCAAAAAUGGUCCAGUAGAAGGAGCCUUCACCGUCUAUGAAGACUUUGUGAUGUAUAAGUCCGGUGUGUAUCAGCAUGUGUCUGGAUCUGUUCUGGGUGGUCACGCCAUCAAGGUCCUGGGUUGGGGGGAGGAGGAUGGCAUCCCUUACUGGCUCUGUGCCAACUCCUGGAAUACUGACUGGGGUGAUAAUGGUUUCUUUAAAAUCCUGCGUGGGUCAAAUCACUGUGGUAUCGAGUCUGAGAUCGUGGCAGGCAUUCCCAAAUAAACCCUGAGGUUGUUAGCAGCAGUGGCCAUUUCAAAUCACUAGAGGGUGACACACUCCUGCUUUUAGUAGCUAUACAUUUAAAGUCUACUGAUAAUCUUGCACAGAUGGUGCGAGAUUCUUUCUACAGCAAACUGAAUAAAUUCAAUAGUAACCUUCACUUCACGUAGGUGGAUUAGCAGAUUGGGUAUGACAGCAACAACGUGUCUGAGCACAGAUCAAUAGGUUGAAUUCAAGGUGGUUCUGUGAACGGUCUUGUUCUUUAAUUUUUUUCAAGGAUAAUCAAAGUUGCACAUGAAGAAAAUGUUUUUUAAAGACACAUGUACAUUUCAUUUCAGGUGAUUUGCAGCUGAUUCAAUGUGUUCCCCUGUUGUCACAAUUUGUUUCUGCACUGACAAGAAAAAACUGAGCUUUUAUAGAAAUACAGCCCCUAAUUUUUUAUUUUUUAAAAGUAAUCAUUGCUUUCGUGCAGACUGACAGUUUUUUAAUUGAAUUGUUCUUUAAUUUUAGUGCUACAAAUGCCACUCUACAAUAUCUGGAAAUAUAUCUUAAAACUGCUGCCUGUUAGUGUUUUUAAACUUUAUUAUCUGAUGAAAAAGUGACAUUUUUUUUACAAUGGUUCGAAAUGAAAUUGGGGGUGUCUUUGUCUGCCUGUAGCCAAGAAAUAUUGGCAUACUACUGUUCAGAAUUAAAUAAAACAUUAAUGGUUA